AAACAGUUUCAGCAGCCUCAAUGGAUACCCCAUAUAUACAUAAUGAUCAAACGGAGCACCAUACUAUUGUCCAAGUGGAGCCGAGUACGAGCGAGGUCAACAGCUUUGCUAUGGAGAACCAACAAAAAAACACCACACGGAACCCAAUGAGAGAAGCCACAUCUAUAGCACCCAUGUUGGUAAUACGCACUGAGUCUAGUGAAAUCUUACCCAAGCCGUUUACCAAGUUCUCCCAGCUUAUCGUCUGCUCCUACCUGAGCAUGCUCUGCUGCUGCAUCUGCGGGGCCAUGGCCGUCAAGAGGGCGGUGCACGCGAAGAUCAGACGGAACCAAGGGGUUUACGUGGUAGCCAAGAAGAAGGCAAGACAGGCCGGGGGCUGGAUAUUGGCUGCGGUGUUGUUUGGUCUUGUGAUAUACAGUAUCAUAGCUGUGGUUGUGUCAUUGAAGUUCUCAAAGAAGUGACCAUAGAAUAGAGAGUUGGUUAGCUUUGUUGUACCAGUAUUAUAUGAACUGGCUUUGUUGUACAAAUGUUGUAUAAAACACUAGCAUUGUUAAACAAAUGUUGUAUAAAACAUGAGCAUUGUUGUACAAAUGUUGUAUGAA